AUGGCUACGAACGGUACAAACGGCGUCAACGGACACGCCAACGGCGCCAAUGGCACCAAGAGCAAGUUCGACCCCAACUUCACACAACAUGUCAUCGACCUCAUGAGCCCCGAGACCAAGCCCAGACAUAGACAGGUUCUCGGCUCUCUGAUCAAGCACCUUCACGACUUCUGCAGAGAUGUCGAGCUCACACAAGAGGAGUGGGUUCUGGGUGUCAACUACAUCAACUCCAUUGGCCAGGCCUACCAGAAAAACCGCAACGAGGCAUGGAGAGUGUGCGAUAUCCUGGGUAUUGAGUCUCUCGUCGACGAGAUCAACCACACGGUCGAGACCGAGUCCGGCGUCACCCCCACAUCCUCCACCAUUCUCGGCCCCUUCUGGUCCCCCGAGACCCCCUUCCGCGACCUCGGCGCCUCCGUCGUCCAGAACAUGCCCAAGGACGGCCAGCUCACAUACUUCCACGGUGUCAUCAAGGACGCGGAGACGGGCAAGGGCAUCCCCGACGCCGUCUUCGACAUGUGGCAGGCCAGCACCAACGGAAAGUACGAUGUCUUUGAUCCCGAGAACCAGACCCGCCACAACCUGCGCGGCAAGUUCAAGACGGACGCUGAGGGCAAGUUCUACUUCUACUGCCUCAAGCCUACCGAGUACGCUAUCGACACCUCCGGCCCCUCGGCCGACCUGCUUAAGCUCAUGGGUCGUCACCCGUACCGCCCCGCGCACAUUCACAUGAUGGUCACGCACCCAGACUUCAUCGGCGUCACGGCACAGCUCUACCCCAGCGACGACCCAUACCUCGAGACCGACACCGCCUGCGCCGUCAAGGACGAUUUGCUGCUUACCUUCAAGCCUGUUCAGAACGAGGCCAAGGGCGCCACCCUCGACGUCGAGUACGACGUCCGCUUGGUGUCUAAGAAGUACAAGCCGGAUUCCCAGAUGCUCAUGCAGAACGCCAACCAGAACAAGUUCUAA